CGCUCUUACUCGCACCGAACUGCUGCCAGAGCAGCAUCUUUUUCCUUCUUGUUCGCUCCCCCGGCUCAUCCCGAAUGCUGCUUACCUCGUUCGAAAUUUUGCGCCGGAGACCAACUCCGCCUCCCAGGUAAACCUUACUGCCCCGCUGCCAAUCACAUAACAAAGGGGCGGCUCCAUUCGCACCCCGCUCACCCAAUCGGAUACAGGUCGGGUUUUUAUGGUCCCCCCGCCGAUGUUAAAACUUGCAACGGUGUCUCACAAGCCAUCUGACUUCGGACGCGUGGACAACUACCGCCGCUCAGACCACUUCAACAAUUGGCGGCACUCAGACCGAAUUCACAAUAAUACCCCCGUCUCCAGACCACUUCAACAAUUGGCGUCACUUUUACCUGUGUGCAUAUCAAUCGACUCUGAAAUAAGCCUGUUUGAUUCUUCUCUUUUGGAUAAUCUCGAUCAAAUCGACAUAUCGGAUUUGGACAACUAUGUUUUUUCGAGUUCACCUAAUUCUUCGCCCAGUUCAUCACCACCACCGGUUUUAGAGCGAGUUACAGGCAAGAACAUCCGUCUCUCGACCCGCGAGAGGCAGGCCUUGCUUUCUGCAAGGGCUCGCCCAGCUUCAGCUCCCCAGCGCCCCUCGGGGAAAAACCUGCAUCUAACCGCCCGGGAGAGGGAACAACUGUUCGCGGCACACGCUCCCAGUGCCCCUGUCGGAGCUUCAGCACCCCAGCGCCCCUCGGGGAAAAACCUGCAUCUAACCGCCUGGGAGAGGGAACAACUGUUCGCGGCACACGCUCCCAGUGCCCCCGCCGGAGCUUCUCCUCCUGCAUCGGGACCAAGACAUCCACAGCCCCUGCCUCUGAGAUCCAAUCUAGGGCAUCUCAGAAGGAGGCGUAGGAGGACCGUUAGGCCACUCAGGAUAAGGAGCACAAGGCAAACAUGCGGACAGCGAAACCAGCUCGCUUCCAUCGCUCUUCGAGCUGUAUCUCUGUUCGCUGAAUUAGUGCAACUCAUCUUAUAAUAAGGUUUUAUUUUAUUUUAUUGUUUUUUAUUUUUUA